UCCGUUCACCUCCAGCUCAUGGUCAGUCAGCCGAACCGAGCCCGCAGAGGAAAAACACACAGAAAAAAAAUGCGCCUCGAAGGACAUCGACUCUUUGCUUAAUUUACCCCAGCAGCGGUGGAUUUUAUUGAGGAAAAAUAUGACUUCUGACACUUUUGAAAAAGCAUUUUCCAAUAGUUCUUAGAUCGCGGGGACUGCUUGAGAGAGACGUCGAGGAAGAGUCAGGUGCUCUGGAAAUACUUUCUGGUCUUAUUGCCUGCUUUGACAAUGGACCCCAUAAACUUCAGAGAUCAGAGAUGUUUGCUUUGAGGCCUUUUAACUCCUCGCCCUCCUCGCUUCUUCCUCGUUGGGGUGAUGGAAGUGCAUCUGUGGUGGAGGCCAUGGUGAUGGCCAUGGAGCAGCAGCAGGAAAAUGUCACUGCUGUGCAGAACCACACCAGUGGUGUGAUCAGCGUGGUGCUGCCUAUGUCGCUAGGCAUCAUCUCCAACACGGUGGCUCUUUUCAUCCUGGUCAAUGCCUACUCUCUGCAGCGCCGGCGCUCCAAAGCUACAUUCCUCUUGUUUGCCACCUCUCUGGUGAUCACAGACUUCUUUGGCCAUGUGAUUCCAGGUGCCCUGGUCCUGAGGCUCUACCUCACCGGCAGACAGAGCACCGAGGACUCCUCUGAUAGCAUGUGCCAGUUCCUAGGUGGCAGCAUGGUCUUCUUUGGCCUUUGCCCUCUGUUUAUGGGCUGCGCCAUGGCCGCAGAGCGAUGCCUGGGCGUUUCCAAACCGCUGCUGCACUCGUCCCUUGUCACCAAAACUCGCGCAAAGGUCUGCCUGUCCGUCAUCUGGCUGGCAGCUCUGUGUGUGGCCUUGCUGCCCUGCUUCCAGCUCGGCUCAUACACCUAUCAGGAACCAAAGACCUGGUGCUUCAUCAACGUGCUCAACGACACCAUGGGGGUGGACGUGGCCUUUGUGGCGCUGUUCUCCGGACUCGGCCUGACCUCACUGGCUGUGGCUCUCGUGUGUAACACAAUAAGCGGACUGACGCUGGUGCUGGCCCGGAUCAGGAGGCAGCCCGGCUCCCAUCACUCGGCCCGGUCCCAUGACAUAGAGAUGGUGGUUCAGCUGGUUGGUAUCAUGGUCACCUCAUGCAUCUGCUGGAGCCCUCUGCUGGUGUUUGCUCUGAUGUCGGUGAUCCAUUCCUCCAGCAGAACUGUGGGUGAAAACCUGACCAACUACCAAACUCUGAUGUACAUAGGAGUGAGGCUGGCCACAUGGAACCAGAUCCUCGACCCCUGGGUCUACAUCCUGCUGCGCCGCACCGUGCUCCGCAAAAUCUACCUCAUUGUAAAGUGCCAGGUGGGCCUGAAGGACACCGUGAUGGGUCGCUGGGAGAAGAGUUUCUUCCCCAGCUUGGACCAGAAGGAAGUUCAGCAAGUCUGAGCAAAGGAUGCUUUUUUUUUAUGUUAGCAGGUCACUGAACACACAAAUCUUUAUAAAUACAGAAACAGCAGUUGAAGGAGGAAAUGUUGUUGCUAUGACGAGGAAGCAGUCCAGCAUUGGAGGUUUUCUUGAUCAAUCAAGGUUUUUUUUUUUUAACUCCACUCUGUUUACCAGCAUGUUUUUUUUCUCUGACCUGAAAAAUGCAAGCUAGCAAAGGCUGUAAUUUUGCACAAAAUAUAAUAAAUGCUCUGUUUACUUUGAAAAAGUGAAUAUUCCUUAUUUCUCUAUGUAAAUAAUGAAAUGAUAAAGAUUAAUCUGAAUUCAGCACUAAACACACUGUGUAGAAACUAGAACAUUUGUAAAAGGGAAAAGUUUAAUUAUCAUAACUUUGACCCGCUUUGAAAGCUCUGAGACUUACAUCGAUAUAACCAUCAGAGGGCGCUAUGGAGCAAACCCAGAAAUAAUCGAGCAUUUUGCUAGUACUCUACUGAAUGUAAUUUAUUACAGAAUGUCCAAUGUUCACAUGUAAUUUUGACUUUGAGUAUUAUUUUGUGUGUUUUAUACAUCAAUGUAUAAAACAAUAAGGUUUUUAUGAGUUAAUACUUGAAUGUUACUUUCAGUUUAUUGAGAACAUGUAAAACACUUUAAAAGGAAUGUAAAUAAAACCAUACAAUGUGCUUUUA